UCCAAGAGAAAAAGGCAGAGUUUACGAUUUCUGCUCGUCCGUGUUUUAAUAGUUUUGUGCGUUGAUUUCGCUUUCGUGCUUGAGUUUCUUGUUUUCGCUAUUCGCUGUUUAGCAUUGCUACGUGCGUGCGCGUUUGAGUUGUAGUGAAUAUGUGAAGCGCUCGGAACACGCCUGGAACGAUGUGUAAAUAAAUUUACACACUCUGACCCGCUUCCUGGUUCCCUCUCUCCGCGGCCGGAGCUUGUACGGGUGAGAAGCCCUGGAACUUGCGAGCCACCCCGAAGCGCGUAUCUGAAUAACAAAGAGUGGCAUCUUCGUCGCAUUUUGUCAUUUUAUUUGCCCUUCGGUUAGUUUGCUCCCGUUUUGGGUGGCUCCCAGUUGUCCCACUUCAAGUUUGCCCGGGAGCAUUUGGCAAAAGGUGUGUGUCGCCGUCGUCGUGUCUUUGCUAUGUUGUGAAGUGCCAAAAGAGGGAGGUGGUAUAGUGCGCGAUCUUCCUACGUUUAUGACGAUCAUGCGAGUGGACUGAACGCGAGUCAAACACACAUUCCAGUUGCACGUAUCAUCGUAUUUUGGGGGAAAAAGUGACACACAAAACCCGUUCGACGGUAAUAGUUCGUGUUGUGGUUCUGCCUUAUAAAUCCAAAUUCCAGUUCUAGCGGUAUUUGCGUAUUCUGCAGCAAGCAAAAUGUUUUCGAAGAAAAAGAAAAAGCCACAAAUUUCCUUCCCGAGCAAUUUUGAGCACCGUGUACAUACGGGCUUCGAUAAGCGGGAAGGUCGGUAUGUCGGCCUGCCGUUGCAAUGGGCGUCGAUCGUGGGUAAUAAUCAGAUACUGAAAUCAUCAAACCGUCCGUUGCCUUUGGUCGACCCGUCCGAGAUCACACCGACCGAAAUACUGGACCUCAAGACCAUCGUUCGGCCCCACGGUCAACCAGGCCCGGGAGGAAAUGUGACCGUACCGGGAGCGGUAGCAUCCGAACCGGGGAAACUUGUACUGCCUAAAACAUCCAACGUAGCACGUUCGAAUUCACUUCGAAGCUCCAGUCCACCGCGGAUUCGCCGUGGAGAUUUGCGUGCCAAUACCAAUGUGCCACCAUCCGUCCCGGAAGAACCGAUGCAAACACCGCAGCAGCUCGGCGGUGGACAAUCUCCCUUUCCGGGAAUGAACAAUAACAGCUUUCCGGCGAUGCCACCACCUGCGAAGGGCCCGACGGGUGGAAAUUAUCCACCGAUUUCGCCCGCCGGAACGAUGUUAGAGACGAACUUUAAUAACAAUUUCGAUGCACACCAUCAACAACUACAUCAGCAGCAGCAGCAGCAUCAGCAGCAACACCAGUUGGCAUCGGGAAUGGCGCAGCACCAAAUGCAUAUGCACCACAUGCAGCAGCAACAGCAGCACCAUCACAUGCAUUCCCAUCAAGCUCAAGCAGGCGCUGUUGGCGGGAGCGCACAAGCAGCAACAGCAGGCCAUGCAAUUGCCCCGCAUAUGAACGGUGGCAAUCUGAUAGCGGGCAACAGCACGAACAGCAGCAACAUGUCUACGGCUGCAUCGACCAAUGGUACAGGUUCGAACGGAAACCUCUCCAAUCCGGUCAGUGUGCUAACGGAAACGUCUUCGCUGUAUCAUAACAGAUCACAAAAAUCCUCCCCAACUGGUUCGGAUGGAAUGCAACGGCAGUUUCCCAAUGUAGGCUACGGUGGCCAGAUACAGGGUGGUCAGAACAAUUUCCACGGCACGGGUAUGAUGGUUCCAGGUGGUGGACCACCACCAUUACACAGUAAACCACAGGGUGGACCGAAUCAUCCCGGGCAGGAGGGUUCCAUGGUGAACAACCAUGGCGCACUCAAUCAACACGGACACAUGGGAGAUGCAAACAAUGGCAACCAUCUUCCAUCCCGUCAUCCGGGGCAUCACCAUCACCAUCAUCAUCCGCACGGUAUGAUGGGUCCCGGUGGUUCGGCCGGAACACCACAGCCGUCCGGUUCGCAGCUAUCCCCAACAAACGUCCACCAUCAUCAUCAUCAUGCCCAUCACCAUCCGGCGACACAACAACAGCAGCAGCAGCAACAACAGCAAAUGCAGGCGCCAUUGCAGAUGGGCAAUAAUCAGAUGCCAAAUCACCACCAUCACCAUAAUCACAAUGCAAAUGUGCUACACAACCAGAAAAUGCCAUCACCGUCAUCGGUAUCGAACGCCAACGCGGCAGGAACACAAGCGGCGACAGGACAUGGCGGUCCGGACACAAACCACAUGUUUAACAACAAUUCCAUCAACAAUGCCAAGAGCAAUUCGCGUGCAUCGAGCUCCAGUGGAGGAAACGUAUCCGUCGCCCAAAGUACCUCAUCCACCACGCAAAGCGGUCAGAGUCAGCAACAGCCACCGGUCAAAACGGAACAAAGGCUUACACAUGAACAGUUUCGUGCCGCACUACAGAUGGUGGUAUCGGCGGGUGAUCCGCGUGAGAAUCUGGAAAAUUACACAAAAAUCGGUGAAGGUUCAACCGGUACCGUGUGCAUUGCGACGGAUAAAUCCACCGGUCGUCAAGUGGCAGUCAAACAGAUGGACCUUCGGAAACAACAGCGCCGUGAGCUGCUGUUCAACGAGGUUGUUAUUAUGCGUGACUACCAUCAUCCGAACAUUGUGGAAACGUACAGCAGCUUCCUGGUGAACGAUGAGCUGUGGGUGGUGAUGGAAUUUUUAGAGGGUGGCGCACUCACCGAUAUCGUGACACAUUCCCGCAUGGACGAGGAGCAAAUUGCUACCGUUUGCAAACAGUGCCUUAAGGCGUUAUCCUAUCUUCAUUCACAGGGUGUUAUCCAUCGGGAUAUAAAAUCAGAUUCAAUUUUGCUAGCCUCAGACGGACGCGUAAAACUGUCCGACUUCGGUUUCUGUGCGCAGGUAUCGCAAGAACUGCCCAAACGCAAGUCGCUCGUUGGCACACCGUACUGGAUGUCGCCAGAAGUUAUCUCCCGAUUGCCGUACGGUCCGGAGGUAGACAUCUGGUCGCUCGGUAUCAUGGUGAUUGAGAUGAUCGAUGGGGAACCACCGUUCUUUAACGAGCCACCGCUACAAGCGAUGAGGCGCAUCCGCGAUAUGCCACCGCCAAAGCUGAAGAACUCACACAAAGUGUCCAGCCGGCUGCAGAACUUCCUCGAUCGUAUGCUCGUGCGUGAUCCGGUACAGCGUGCCACAGCAUCGGAACUGCUUGCCCAUCCGUUCCUAAGGCAAGCUGGGCCACCAUCGUUACUGGUUCCGUUGAUGCGUGGCGCACGCCACAGCAAUUGUUAGGACGAAAUGGACCCGGGUAACGUAAAAAAACUAGAUUCAGCCAUUCACAACCAAAAGGAAUCUAGCGUCUACAGUGCGCUGGUUGGAAUACACUUUCAACGUGGCGAUAAAAUAAAUGAACGGAUGCGAGUUCACUUCGUUCAUUUGUUACCGGCACCCGAGAAUUCUCUUGAUUGUACUCUUGUAAACCGUGAGUAAACUAUUGUUGCAUUUAUCUAAGGUGAAGAAGGAAAAAACGAAUCUGCAAAUAUUAUAAUCAUUUGCAAUCAUAUCUGUUGCUAAUUUGUACAACAAACCUAGCUUAGAAGUUAACAGUGUUAUAUGUGAAAACAAUCUGAUGGCUUUCGUUAUAUGGUUUCAAGUAAAUCGUGCAGGAAAUAGUUCAAGUUUUACACAAUAUUUGCAGCUACAGACUGUUCUCGGACGAUCCAGACCACUACGAGUAACGCGACCGCUAUUAGCGCAAGAAAGCAGCAGCUGUAAAUAUUUUAACGAAAGUACACGAAAUUGAAACACAGUGCGGAAACUUUUUUUACAACGAUCUGUAAACGAUUUACGGUAAACUAUACAUUCCAGUAUUUAGUGAAGAAAGCUUAUAUGAUUGCAAAGGUUUAAUUUUAACUUUAUUUUGUUUUCAUGCAAAACUUGAUUCCAAUUUCUGUAAACAGUAAAUGGGCCAUUGUUAAGAUUCUUUGUAAAUGUGGAUUUAAAAUUUACCAUCAUCUCCUACUUAUAUGGGGUUGAAUUUUUAUUCUAAAAAAAACACACACACACACAGAGAAAAAGGUUAUGUUUAAAAGAAAAGUAUUUGUUAUUCAACACGAAAGCGUUUUGUAUUUUGUUUUUAACCGAUAGUGUUAACAUGAAUGUCUGUAAAGUGUAAGCUACUUGCAAAUAUUUGAAGAUGACUGCUUUUACCUCACUCAAAAUACGUCAAUGAAUGUAAACAGUUGAAUCUCUGUUAAGGAAUCUAAAAGGGGAAGGGAAGAAUCAAUUCCUUUCGCGAUUUGAUGUUGUAAACACUUAGGUAGCAUUUAUUUUUGUCCCCGAGAAGCGUGUGGCUGUUGUAAGAAGACAAAAAAAAAACAAAACAAAUCAAAGCCUCAAACAUAUUUAGAACUGCUUACUUACAUAUGAGACUGGUAGGUUUUGGCCUAGGACCUCUAGUGGUCGGCAAACUUGGAGAGUAAAUGAAAUUAUAUACGAUAACAGCAAGGCUCACUAUUAGAUGUGCAUUUAGCUAUGUUUGAACGAUUGAUCAUCGGAGGGAAAAAGCUUAACAGAGCUAAAACAAAUGAAUUACUACUUAAACGAAAGUGGGCUUUAAUCUAGAAAGUAACAACGAAAUGUUUGUAUACACACAUAUUUUAAAUAUUCAUAUUACUCUCCGAGCGCCCAAAAAAGCUAAAUAUUGUGCCGACCUUUGGCCGAAGGUUUUCGAAUCUCCUCCUAAGACUAACAUUCCUUGCACACUGCAUCGAAUCGAGUAUGAUACGGGAACGUAGUUCCGUCCACAUACACACACACACACAAACACAAAUGUGCCCACCCCCUCGGACAGGAUCGUGGUUUUAUGCGAUCGAAACAGUUAAUUAGUGGAUUGCAACAAUACAAAGUAUUAUAGAGUGAGCGAAAAAGGAUAAGACAGAACGUGUAUUCAGCACUUAACAGACACACGAAGUGGGCGCCAUCAGAACAGUGGUAGUGUGCUAUAGUAUAGCAGCUUCGUUAUUUUAUACAACGUACGAUUUUGGAAAUAAAUUGAUUGAAAAUCUUAAA